AUGAACCUGACCACCGAAUUUCGAAAUAACCCAUUGAACAAGAUUGUCGGUUUGUCCGUCGUCCUCUCAAUGGGAUUCCUUCUUGUCAUUCUUGCCGGCGUAAAUGGGAACUGGUUUCCUAUCAUCAAUGGUAUCAUCUUUGCUGUGGCUUACCUUCCAGCUAUAAUUACAAAAGCUGCUUUUGACAAGAGCGAUUACGACUUCAACUUUGAUCCACAAACCUCGUCACAAACCCUGGCGAUACAGGAAGCCGGGAAGUUCCUUACUGGUUUCCUCGUUCUCACAGGCGUUUCAUUGCCCAUUCUCUUGCACCACUCGUCGAUUUUGACGAAAACGGCACUGAUCUUGACGCUUCUUGGAGGAGGAUUGAUUUUUGGUACUGUCUUUACCUUUAGCCAAGCGUUCGAUCAGCCCGAAGACGACAACGAUGAACUUGGUGGGGGUGUGAUAUAG